AUGAGAUCUAUUUUAAUAGCUGCAGGAAUUUUACUUACUCUAAAAAUACUAAUAACUGACAGCCGUGAUGCAACAAAUUUCAAAAAAGCUGUCUGUCUUAUUGUCGACAAAACAGUUUUUACAAAUUAUUCAUGUUCUGCUAAACCAAUUAGUCGUUAUAAAACAAUUAUUAAUAUUGCUGGUCAUCUUGGUAAACGAGUUGACGAAAUGUCGGCGCAUCUUCAAAUGUUCAAAAAAGUUAAUGUUGUCUAUCGUCCAUAUCUAGUUAAUGUAACAGAGGACUUUUGUUUAAGAUUUGAAAAGAAAACCAGUGCACCUUACUUAAAUAUUUUACAUAGUAUUGGAGAAAAAUAUACAAAUCUUAAUCACACUUGUCCUUACGAAGUAAGUAUUUCAAUUAGAAAAAUAUUAAAAUUGUUUUGAUAAAACAGAGAUUUCUAAAUUCUUUAAAGUUAGUUUUUGAACUUCUCACUAUUUGAUAAAUUUAAUGCAUUAUUUUUCUU